AUGGUUUGGAAUGUAAUUAGAGAAAAAGGACAAAUCGUCGAUUGGGCUACUCUCGUUUGGUCUUCAAAGGUCAUUCCGAGGCAUCGUUUCAUCCUUUGGUUGGCUUUACGUGGUAGGCUUAACACCCGGGAUCGGAUUCUUGCCUACAUGGACAUCCAGGAUGCUAAUUGUUUGCUUUGUGAUGGGGAUACGGAGUCUAUUUACCACUUGUUUGGGAGCUGCCCGUUUGUUAAGUCCCUUUGGAGUAAGUUCACGUUGGCUUUAGGCUUUGUUCAAUUACCUGGUUCAUGGGAUGAGAUCAUUGUUGAUGCCCGCAUCAAGGCUAAAGGUAAUAGAUUUCCAGCCAAUGUCUUCAAGUGUGGUUUUUCUGCCAUUGUUUACCGUGUAUGGGCCGAGAGAAACGCAAGAGUAUUUGGCAGAAUUCGACAAAAGAUCGAUCAAACUUGGAAUGAUAUUGUUUUUGAUUGCGGUGCAUAUAUAAGAACAUGGAGAAGGGUUCCCAAGAGUGAAAGGGCAUGGAAUAUUUGUCGGGAUUGGAAAGUUGCUUAUGAAGAAAUCACGUCUUUUGAAAGCUAUAAAGGGAGAUAG